AUGAUGCCUAACAGCACACAGUAUGGGUUCCUUGCCCCUACUGCGCCUCAACCCAAUGCUUUUGCAAAUCAACAAAGCACUGGAAGCAUUGCCCCGGCCUCGAGCCAAGUCCCGAUCUCACACAACCAAUUCAUCCAAGGCUAUGGCCAAUAUCCUGUCCAAAACUUCAACCAGGGCAUCCAGAUCGGAAGCACUGGCCCUUGGGAUACCCCAGGUAUGCUUUCUUCAGCCAGCUUUAGUUCGUCGCGGAGCUCAUCAAAGCCGUUGAACCCUGAGUCCCAACCUUAUGUCCCGACCGGAAAUACGCCAGAUCUGUCUUCUGGUUCGGAGUUUCCCAAUCGCCAGCCGCAGUCAGACAUUGGAUAUGGUCAAAGUAAUACAAUGUCGCAAACAUACCAGCAGCAAGCUCCCCAACUUGGAAUGGUGCAGUAUCCGAGUGUCAAUCAGUACGAUCAGGCGGGCAUGCCUCGUAGUGUCCCUGUAGGUGGCCAAUCCCCUCAAUUUCCAGUUCAGUUCAAUGCAGUCACGACCUCUUAUCAGCUUCACGGCUAUACUGCAACUGCAAUGGAUAGCUACGGAACACAUACCGGUCCUCCACCAGGUGCCUCUCCAGCCAUCGGUUUCCCAGCCCUGCCACCGAUUCCAACCUAUCCGAGCAUGCCGUAUGGGCCCGGAACUGGUAGUGUACUCCAGCCCUCAUCGUACGGAAGCAAUACUUAUGGCUCGCCGAUUGAGGGUCCAGCCCCAACUUCUUAUCAGGCCUAUGGCUAUACUGCAACUGGAGCGGAUAGCUCUGUGGCAUAUAGCGGCACUCCAGCAGGUGGCUCACUUGCAGUCGGCUUCCCAACAAUGCCACCAGCUCCAGCAUAUUCGAGUGUGCCAUAUAGACCUGUAACUGGCAAUAGUCUUCAGACCCCAUCAUACGGAAGCAAUACUUAUGGUCCGCCGAUCAAGGGCCAAAAUAUGCAAUAUGCGGCAGCAAUGGAAAUACAUAGCGGCACUCCAGCAGGUGGUUCUCCAGCAGUCGGCUUCCCAACAAUGCCACCAGCCCCAACUUACCCGACUCUGCCAUAUAAGCCUGGAACUGGCAAUGGUCUUCAACCCUUCUCGUACGCAAGCAAUACUUAUGACUCGGAUCGAAAUAUGAAAUAUGGCUUGGGAACUGGUAGCAAUUUCAAUUCGGGGCAACAAGGAGGACACAUGCAUGGCCCCGCGAAUCAGGGUCAAAAUUGGGCACGUGGCGGAAGAAGACAAGAUAGGGGCUGGAAUCCGGCAAACAAGACGCAGUAUCAUAGUAAGCAAGGUGCAGACUCUUCGGCACACGAUAGACAAGUUACCUCCAAUCUCGCCACCGCUGUGGUGUUGAACUGCAACAGCGCGAGUCCAGCAAGCGUAUCAACCACGCGCGGAGGGCCGGUGCGGUUACCGUCAUGGCAGUCAGGUGUUGAAACUCCUUCGAAGAACACCGAAAAUGCUUCUAUUCGUGCACUAUCUGCCGGACCGAAUUCAGAAGGAGGUGAAGUAGUUAGCAGCGGUACAACACCACGGCGACAGCCUCGUACUGUUGUUGAUAUUGAAUUUGGUUCAGCACCUCGCCAACACCGUCAGGAGCCAAACCCAACUCCUCAACUUUCCCCUCGCGCGACAAAUCUUAGCAACAACAGUCCACUACGUGACGUGGCAACCCGAUCUGUUGAAUUAACUCCUAAGAACCAGAUACCGGAGGAGGGAGAGAUGAGACGCCGCUCAGCUUCACCGAAGAGCCUCUUGGCUGCAGGAGGUAUCGAUAUAAGCACCCUCGACACGAUUACUGAGAAUGAUGUUCUGGAUAGGGGAGUGGGAGGUCGAUCUUUCCAUAACCCGUCCGGUCUAGCAUCUAUUUUGUCGCCCACCCGUCGAUCUUCCCAUGUUCCUUCCGGUCUGGCAAUCAUGUCACCUCCUGGUGCACCUUUCAAUCGCUCUCUCGGCCAUCCUAUUGGAAUACCACGCCCCGGACAGUUUUUCAAUGGCUCUUUCGGUUCCUCAGCUGUCACGACAUUUGCGGGUCAACCUUUCAAUGACGCCUUCUGUCCACCACCUGCUAUGCCACCACCUAUCAUGCCGCCACUAGGCCAACCUCUCAACAAUACUUUUGAUCUGGCACCUGUCACGUCACCUCCCCCGAAAUCUUUCAACGAUCCUUUUGGCCCGGGCCAACCACUUCCAACUCCAUACAAUGCCAUCAGCCUCAAAGCUCCUGGGGGUAUGAGUGGAGCUCUUCGGAACCUCACUCGAGGCGGUAUGUGCAAGCCCACUAUCCAGGAGGCUCUUGAUCCUAGAUUCUUGCCUUUCGCCGAGUACUGCCGCCUAGCUAAAGAAGACACAUUUGGGGUGGUAAAGAUUAAGAACAUUCCGUACUCCGUUAACCGUGCUGAGGUUAUGGCAUUCCUUGGACGCAAUGCAAAGAUGGUCAAUGAGAGCGAGCAUGAGCCUGUCCAUAUCAUCAUGGAGCGUGUGACCAGUAAGACAUUGGAUUGCUAUGUUGAGUUCAUCAAUUUCAACGAGGCAGUCGGCGCUGUAAACCGAUUUGAAAUCAACAGAAGUGGCGGUCGAGGUGGUCGGCUGGGGCAACGUCAUGUCGAGGUUGAGCUAUCUAGCCAGGAUCAGCUGAUGAAGGACAUGUUCCCGAAGGCGAAGAAUGUCAGAUGGGUAGGGGGCAAACCUGAAAUCAUCCCGCGAGAUCCCAACGACAUAUACAACUCAGGCUUCCAAGGUUUUGUCAGCAAGGAGGAGUUGGUUAUGUUGGUCAAGCAUGUCGAGGCUCCGCAACGUUCUCCAUUCUCCCAGAAUUGUUUGCAGCGUCCAUUCGAAUGCCUUAUUAGUACUUUGCUCAAGUAUCCGUGGUAUAUGGUGGACCAUAUCACGGUUGAGGAUCGAAACUUGUUACACAAGACCACCAAAAACCUUCUGAACCUCCUGGUGGAACGCGUUAGGAAUGGGCAUGAUGUCAAUUUAACCCCGAUGUUGCUUAAGCGGGUUUGGCGUGCUGCUCUCAGAUGCCCAGGAUUUACGCCUUCGAUGAAGGAUGAUGUUGUAUUCAUCUGUGGUCUUGAUGAUAUGACGGCUACCGAGUAUGGAGUUCCACCGUUCGCUCCCUAUUGGAAGCAUCUCUUGACCAUUGGACCAAAGCCUGGUGCCCCUGCUGAUCUGGUCCUGUGGUACAUUGCAAUCAUUCGUGAAGCUACCGAACAGAAAGAAGCCCUUUCACUAGCCGACCAAGCUGCUAGAGGCGAAUCGAACAAUGGACGAAAGCUCUUUGGUGACCUCGAUAAGCAUAUCAAGUACGACCCCGAUAAGUUCAAGCAAUGUCUUAGCCAAGUUGCAAGAGCAGAGUGGGCUGGCAUCGAGAAGAUCUUGCGCCAUGCCUUAACUCCCAAUAGCCAACCAAAACUCCUAACCCACUGA